AUGUCACUCCCACACAUCCCAGGACUCCGACCAGGCGACACGGCCCUGCGCGCCAUCCCUUUCUCCAAACCACCACCAAAGGACCAAAAGAAAGAGCUGAGGAGCUUCUAUAGGGAAGCCGAGCAUGUAUUGGAGAAGGCCAAAGCUGGGGAGAUUGCGCUGCGGACGACUAAGCCGGAAGCGUUGACGAGUGAACGCACGAAUACGAGGAAGGAUAAUGCAAGUUAUAGGAGUGAGAAGGAGAUGAAUUUGGCGGAUUUUAGGGAGUUGAUGAGUCUUUUUAAGACAGCAUCAGUGAACGGCGAUGGCAAAUUGAAACUGCCCGAGUUCAAACAAGCCUUCGCCAGCGUCCUGGGCGACGGCCUGACGGACAAUCAAAUGGGUCUUCUCUUCUGCCAAGUCGACGCAAACAUGGACGAAGCCGUCGACUGGGACGAGUUCAGCACAUUCAUGCUCCUCCGCGCCGAAGGGCAAUCGCAGAUGCGCGAGCAGGCCGAAACACAGCUGUUCAACGAUCAACAUCCGAGGAUGUUGUUCAACUCACCGCAUAAGGAUGUGGUCAUUCGCAUUCGGUGGCUGGAGAAAGUGAGCAAGUAUUUGACGUGUGGGAGGGACGGGAUCGUGUGCUUUUGGAGCGACCGGUGGAAGAUCCAGAGAUCGAUUUCGACCGUUGGGUGGGUGGGCAGAGAUUUCUUUUUCCCGUCUGUGAGCCAUCAUGCUUCCGGAGACUUCUCGAAACGGCAAUCACCGUGGAUCCAUGACUGCGUGUUCUUGGCCAACACCAAUAAGCUUGCAAUGUCGAGCGACGACCAUGCUAUCACCUUCUAUGACCUGACGUCCAUGGAGGCCCAGCUUCGUUUAGACCUUCAUGAUACGGUCGCUCUAAGCCUCUCAGUCUACUUCGACGCAGCAGACCCCGACUCAGAUUCCACCAUGCUUCUUUACGGCACAGAUUCCGGACAAUGCUGCGUCCUGUCCUUCUCCAACUCAGUCUUCUUCCCGCCAAAUCCGCCACCCACCACGGAAACACCUACAAUGCUGAUCGACGCAGCCUGCAAAUUGCCCGGCACGACGCUGUGGAAGCGAAAAGCGCAUAGAGACUGGACGUUGCAGAUCGAGUACCUCAACGAUCUGAAGACGAUUGUCAGCUGCAGCUCGAACCCGAGGGAGAGUAUUGUUACCGCCAUGCAGACGGGGACGAAGAAGUGGCGUGUCAGUGCGGCGGCCGUUAGGAAGGGGGUCAAUACGUUCGCAUAUAGUAAAUUUCCAUUGGCGCUCGUUACCGGUGGCACAGAUCGCCUACUCAGGAUAUGGAAUCCGCACCGUUUGAAUCGUCCAACCGCCUCGUUCGGUGGCCAUCUUUCCCCCAUUAUGUCAAUCACGGUCAACCCCUUCUCGGGCCAGGUGAUAUCCCUCUCCUUCGACCGAACUAUCAAAAUCUGGGACAUCCGAAAACAAUCCUGCCUGCAAUCCAUCGUCCCCGAAUUCAAAGAAGCCCGCCCGGACAUGACGCUGACAUCAAUUUUCUUCGACACGUUCAACGGUGGCAAAUUGAUCGCCGCGAGCAACGUCGUUGUAGUUUAUGGGUUGGUGGAUAAAGUCCAGCAGAGGGGCAACGUCAGGAGCCAUGAGGCGCCGGUUAGCACUGCCCUGUGGAACCCGGUCUUUGGACAGGUUGUUAGUGGGUGCGAUGCGAGUGUUGUAAAUGUUUGGGAUGCGACGACGGGGCAGAAAACCUUUCGCUUUGCGCAUUUGCAUGGGAAGGCGGAGAUUACGGCGAUGACGUUUGACAACGCUUGUCGGAGGCUUAUCACUGGCGGAAGAGACGGCAGUAUAAAAGUGUGGAACUUCAACAACGGGCAGCUCAUACAGGAGCUUAUGAAGGGUGACAAUGCCGAAGUCACCAGUAUAUUGUACAUAGAGAUCAAAUCCACACCAUACAUGGUCGCAACCGGCUGGAACCGGCUCAUUCAACUCUUCCCUGCCGACAGUGAAUCCUUGAAAGUCCAGCCGACGGUGACGAUGCCCUCGGCACAUAAGGAUGAUGUGCUGACCAUGGCGUUUUCGCCGCCGGACUUGCUGGCUACCGGAAGCUACGAUGGGGAGAUCAUCUUUGUCAAUGUUGGUGGGGCAGGGACGAUUGUUGGGAGGGUCAAGGUGGAUGAUCCGGAUGAUCGGAGAGUUAGUGUUGAUAAAAUCUUGUUCCUCCACCGCCGCGCCCAGGACCCCGACUCACGCGCCAACCUCAUCUCCUCCGGCAGCGACGGCAUCGUCCGCUGGUGGAACACCCACGAGACCCUCCUCGUCCACGAACAAGAUGCCACGCUGGGCCGGCACGAGGGCGUCUUCUCCAUGUGCUUAAACUCCCAAAACACCGUCCUAGUCACCGGUGACGCGGGUGGUUACAUCUCGGUGUGGGAUGUCAAGGAUACGUGCAUGGCCAAACGGCAUAAACGGAUGGCUUUGGUGAAGGUGUUUAGGGCGCAUCUGAGGAGUGUCACGAGUUUGGAUAUGACGGAUGGUGGGUCUCUGGUUAGUGCUAGUACGGACAGGACUGUGAGGAUGUGGACGCUCGCGGGCGGCUACAUCGGCACAUUCGGUCAAAUCGCAGCCUGGGACGUCAGCAACCCCUCGACGUUC